AUGACUAAAUGGUGUGAAUUUCAUAGCGAUCACGGACACACCACAACUGAAUGUAUAACACUCAAGUUUGAAGUUGCAGGACUCCUUCACCGAGGACAACUACACAAUUUCCUUUCUGAUAAAGGCAAAGCAACCAUAGCAGAAGGGGACAAAAGACAAGAAAAUCCACCUGAACCCCCUCAAAAUGCAAGGACCGUAAAUGUGAUUUCAGGAGGAUCAGAAGUUAGUGGUAUUACGUAUUCAACAGAUAAAUGUCAUGCACGUGAACCCGUCAACAACCAAGGAAUGCCUAGAAAGCCAGAAACAGUCGCUGGACAAACCAUCUGCUUUGUCAAUAAUGAAGCCACAGAUUUGCUUAACCCUCAUCACGAUGCUUUAGUCAUUUCAUUAUAUAUUGCAAAUUGUGUUUAUUAA